UGUGACCCGGAGUGGCACGUGACGGAGCAUGGUGUCCUCUAGAGCGGGGAAAACAAACACUCCGCCCGAACGGCCAGCUCCUUCGAGCGAAGCGAGCGGACACCGCGCGUCCAAACUGAACUGUCAGCUGUAGCAGGAGUCCUCUGCCGAGUACCAACCAGCUCGACAGAGACACCCGGAAGGCACGAAAGUCAAUUUGAGAAAGCAGCAUGAAUCGCUUUAAGACCUCCAAAUUCAAAAACACAACUCCGAAAAUUGCCAAGAAAGACGGAUGGAUCAACAAUGUCCGAGCCGGUUCCUUCUCCUGCCAGGGGAACCACAUCAAAGCCAGCUCCAAGCUGGUGGCCUUCAACACCGAGCAGGCUGGUGGAGGGAUGCUGGGCCUGUCCUCAGUCAAGCCUGGUGCAGAUGGCCAAUGGACAGUCACCCAGAUUUCCUGCCACUCUGAUCUGGUGACUGAUAUGGACUUUUCUCCUUUUGAUGAAAGUCUCCUGGCAACAUGCUCUGGAGAUGAAACGGUGAAGCUGUGGCGUUUGUGCGACCCAGAGCUGCAGCAGCCCGGCAGUCCUGAGCUCACCCUGCGCCCAGGUCACGGCCGGCUGGAGCUGGUGGCUUUCCAUCCCACCUCCUCUGGCCUGCUGGCUGUUGGCGCCACCAAGUCCCCCCUGCUUUGGGACACCAGCCGCCAGGAUGCACCUCUCGCAGUUCUGGAGCAGCACGGUGACCAGCUGCAGAGUCUGAGCUGGAAACGGGAUGGUUCACUGCUGGCUUCCUCCUGCAAGGACAAGAUGCUGCGCGUGUUCGACCCGAGAGCUCAGCUGACACCUGUUCAGAGUGCCAAGAGCCUUCAGAACAACAAGGAUUCAAGGAUCCUGUGGGCCAAAGAUGACUUUUUAAUCACCACUGGCUUUGAUUCGAUGCGUGGCCGGGAGGUACGGCUCUGGGACAUGAAGAAGCUGAACUCCUCGCUCAGCACGGUGUCGCUCGGCACUUCCAGUGGGACACUGAUUCCUCUGUUCGAUGAUGACACCGGGCUGCUCUUACUGGCCGGCAUGGGAGACACGGUGAUUGAUUGCUUUGAGGUGUCGUCCUCUGAGCCUCUCCUCUCGCAGGUGAGCCACUGUCUGACAGACACCUCGACGCGAGGAGUUGCCAUGGUGCCCAAGCUGGCGCUGGAUGUCAUGUCCUGCGAAGUGAUGCGCGUGCUUCAGCUGACAGACAGCUGCAUCGUGCCAAUCAGCUACCAAGUCCCUCGCAAGGGUUCAGGCCAGGAGUUUCAUGAUGACCUUUACCCAGAUACGGUGGGCACAACUUCAGCCAUGUCUGCUGACGAGUGGUGGCAGGGAGGGAACAAGCAGGUGGAGAGAGUCAGCCUAAACCCAGACAAGCAGCCCAAACCGAAGGCUGCACCAGCAAAAGAGAUGCCUGCAAAGAAGGAGCUGGCCAGCAGAGGGAGCAAGGAGGAUCCGGCACGUGGCUGCUCCACCUCCAGUAGUCCUCUGAGCACUCCCAGCAGCAGUGCUGCCCCGUCCCGCUCUCCCUCCUCCACCUCAGGCCUCUCCUCGGGCUUCCUCCCCAGCCCCAGUCCCAGCCAGAGCGCCAAGGCCAUCCAAAACCUGCUGGGGCCAACCUCCAAGUUCCGUCACAUCCAGGGUGCGGUGAUGCACCGAGACACACACAUCACUAACCUGCGAGGCCUCAACCUCACGACUCCAGGCGAGAGCGACGGAUUCUGUGCCAACAGCCAGCGUGUGGCCGUGCCCCUCGCUAUCUCCGGGGGCCAGAUCGCCAUCCUUGAGCGCUCUCAGCCUGGCAGGCUACCAGACACGUCCAUGCCCACCAUCCAGAACUCUGUAAAUGUGGUUGACUUCUCCUGGGACCCCUUUGACACACACCAGCUCGCAGUUGCUGGUGACGAUGCAAAGAUCCGGGUGUGGCAGGUACCAGAAGGAGGGCUGACGGAGACGCUGACUGAGCCUGAAGUCAUCUUGCAAGGCCACACAGAGAAGAUUUACUCCAUCAAGUACCACCCUCUGGCCAGCGGACUGCUGGUGUCUUCUUCUUACGACCUCACAGUCAGACUGUGGGACGUGGACAGUGGAGAGGAGGUCAAAAUCCUCAGUGGACACCAGGACCAGAUCUUUGGGAUGGCGUGGAGCCCAGAUGGAAAGCUCCUGGCCACGGUGUGUAAAGACGGGAAAGUUCGCAUCUAUGACCCCCGCAAGUCUUCUGAACCAGUGCAGGAGGGCCCAGGUCCUGAGGGCCACAGAGGAGCUCGUGUGGUGUGGGUGUGUGAGGGCAAGUACCUGCUGGUGUCCGGGUUUGACAGUCGCAGCGAGAGGGGACUCUACCUGUAUGCCGCUGACUCCCUGUCCACCGGAGCCAUAGACAGCGCCAUGGUGGACGUGUCCCCCUCCACCCUCAUCCCUUUCUACGACCCUGACACCAGUGUGGUCAUCCUCACUGGGAAAGGUGACACCAGAGUGCACAUUUAUGAGGUGGUGACUGAGGCGCCGCACUUCAUGCCGUGCAGCAGUUUCAACUCUCCUGAGCCGCACAAGGGCUUGGCCUUUCUGCCCAAGACGGAGUGCAACGUGCGUGAUGUGGAGAUCGCUGUUGCACUCAUGCUCACCAAGACCACCAUCGAGCCGGUGGCCUUCAGAGUGCCGCGGGUCAAGAAAGAGUUCUUCCAGGACGACGUGUACACAGACACGGCCGUCUGUUGGGAACCGGCGCUGACUGCCUCCGCCUGGUUGUCUGGCAUGAAUGGCCAUCACAAAAAGAUCAGCCUGAAGCCUAAAGACAUGACGCCAGUGAGUGAGGCCCCCAAAGAGGCUCCAGUCAGAAAGUACCUGCCCUCAUCUGUUUACCUGGAGGAGAAGACUGAUGAACAGAAGAAAGAAGAGUUGCUCAGUGCCAUGGUGGCUAAAUUGGGGAACAUGGACGACCCGCUGCCACAGGAGUCCUUCGAGGGGGUCGACGAGGACGAGUGGGAUGACUAGAGGUGACAUCAUCUUGCCUUCGGUUCGAUCACGGUGCCAACGACAGGAGAGAGGAGAGAGCGGAUCAAAUGUAAAGUUGCCAUGUGUGCGUGCGAUGGUGCCACCCAAACAACCUCAGUCAGUCCACAUCUCAGCAGCCCACUGCACACACAAAGAAUACUGUACAAUGUGAGAGUAUAAAUGAUUUUGGGGAAGUAAAAUUACAAUAACCACAACACUUUCUGAUAUCAGUACGUAUCACAGCAUCUGUUAAGGUUUAGGAGAUCAAAAAUCAUGUCUUGUAGUUGGUGUGCAUCAUGUCAGACUGCAUGAAAUCGCUGUAAAUUUAGAUAGAUAUUUCUGGGAUAAAUGAUGUAGUAACUGCUUUGUUAAUAUUAAUGUAGACUGGAAAUGAAACCCAAUUGUACAAGAUGAUAACACAGUGGUCAGCACAAGAUGAAUUAUUAAAUAUCAGGCAAUCAAAGCAAUAAUACUUUGGCUUAAUGCUACAUUACCAGUUACACUGAUGACAAACAACUGUUAUUACAAAUGGAUUUUAGCACAGCUUUUCUUUCUGUCCGUGGUAUGUGGUCAUGGUGUAAGCAUGAUAAUGAUAAUGGUCUCCUCUUGUACCCAGUCUGUUAUUUCCUGAUUUCAAAGACACCAGGUCGUGAUACCAUCGCAAACAAAGUUGUUAUCUGUGUGCACAUUUACCUCCACAGUGGACCACUGCUUGCUUUUUUUUUCUUUUUCUUUUUUUUUUCUUUUUUCUACUGGCCAGUCUUAUGAGCACGCUCAGUCACAAUGUGUCUUUAAAGAUGUAAAAUAAAAAUGAUAAUAAAUAAAUAGGAAAAGUGAACGUCAUGCAUCUGAUAACAAAAACCUUCGUCUUCCGGUUUGGUCAGGUAAAAAAAAAACAAAAAAAAACACACACACACACUGUAACAUGUUCAAGCCUUCAGCAGCAAAAACCACACCGAGGAUACAACAGGGUCACCAGUGCUCAUGUUUGGCCAUGAACUGGAAUUUCUAAUGACAUCAAGUUCACUAAACAAAGAUUUUACCAUGAUAAUGUGUUACUGUUUGUGUACAAGUUUGAUUUGAUUGAAUGUUUUUGCCAUACGUAGGGGUUAAAGGUCAAUGAAACUGAGAUGUUGUUAUGCAUUAAAAGCCAAACCAGAGGGGCCUUUGUAUACUCUGAGAUGAUGGUUUCCUUUCUUCUUAGCGGGGUGUUUUUUUAGUCAGGAUCUUUGUUGGUUUCGGUGAUAUUUAUCACUUAAAUGAGCUAAUUUUCUCAUCUUGUGUUUACUAGGACAAAGUAAUUAUGGUGUUAAUUAGACAACAACAGUACAGUAUUAAUAACUUACGAUGCAGCCAUAACAGCCAUCCUGUAAUCUUCCAAUCAGGGCUACAGCAAUAUCAAUAACAAUAAUCCAGGCUUGAACCCACCGAGUUUGUUUACAACCUCUGAUGGACUGAAAUAAACCCUUCAGCCAUGCAUGGUCGUGCGCAUCAUGUUGUGAACUGCAGGUGUCGUCAGUGUUUGUGUGAUGGUGUACUGUACGUGCUUGUGAUUCUCAGAUGCUACGCUUCGUGAAAGUUGGGACUGGAUUAACUUCCAUUGUGUUAAAAGAAAGAAAGGACUUCCUUUUUAUACAUUGAGUAAAGCAUUGUUGUUUAUUCUGUCUUGAGUAAAGGUUUGUGGAUUUUUUUCAAAGCUGUCUUACAAUAAACACCUUUUGAACCCAGUA